CGCGGAAUGCGCUCAGCUGCCAGGAAUGCAGGGGCGGUGGGGGCAGCCUGCCCGGCCCGAAUCCCUUUCCUUGCAGGUGGGGCUGACGAGAAGCUGGCACGAGGGUGUGUAGUGCCUGGAGUCACCAGCUCCUACCGCCGGAUCCCGGACGCCUGCGGAGAGUGCUCAUCGGACUCCUGGGAGGGGGAUGGCGAGCUGAAAGGUCUCCGGACGCAGGUGCCGCUUCCCAAACUGGCCUUCCUGGACUCGGGAGUGGAGAUGGCCGUUGGGGACAGCUCCUGGGCCAUCUCUCCACGCCUUUCUCAGGACUCCCUGGACUCUGAGCCCGUGGGGAGCCUUGAGCCCCUGGCCCUGCCCAUGGAGCCUUCUGCCCACUGGGGCCGGCUCCUGGCCAGCCAGAAGCUAGAGCGGGUGCUGGAGCGGUCCAGCCAGCUCCCGACUUCACCUGCCAGCUUGUCACACCACCACCGCUCCCGGAAGCCUACAAGGAAGCCUGAGUAUGAAAUGCCCCCUGUUGGAGCAAGGGACCAGGGGGCCACCAACGCAGAAACUGACCUAGAGUCAGGCCUGGGAGAAGCAGAGGUGGGGAGGGGCAUGGGGCCUGAAGCCGGGGCCUGCCCUCCCGGGCAGGGUCUUCACUACCUGGAACACCUGUGCCUGGUGCUGGAGCAGAUGGCGAGGCUGCAGCAACUGCACCUGCAACUGCAACCCCAGAGGCCCCCUGGGGUGAGCGAGCCAUGUGGCAGCCAGGGCCCUGUAGAGAAGGAGUCGACUGUGGCCCCUCCACCUCCACCCUCUCAUGCCCCGGGCAGUGAGGUGCGGGGGUCAUGGAAGCUGCUCAGCCAGACUCCGGAGACAGGUGAAAAAAGAGCUUCACUCCCAAAGGUAGGGGUGCCCCGUGCCAACCCUUUCAGGCUGUCCAGAGUCCCAGCAGAGCCAGCUCACACCUUUCAGUCCUCCCAGAGUCACAAGCGGGAACUCUCCCACUGGAAUAAGGUCAAGGUCCUUCUCAAUCGGAUUCGCUGGAAGAGCCCUCAACACCCUGAGCCUCCUGCCCCUCCUAAUGGCCCUGCUUUCAGAGUUGAGUCAAGGGACCUUCCAUGUCGUCCCCUCAGGAAGACCUUUAUGCCAUCGUUAGUGGUGAAGAAGCAACGAGCAAAAAACCUCUCUGUCUCCUGAGACCUCCUGGUGCAGGGACAUGACGCUGGCUGGAGGGGUGUGCAGUGAAGUCUUCUUUGCCUUUUGCCCCGUUGCUGUUUUGGGGCACUGCCAGGAAAAGCUGCUGAUGCUCGCCCUUCUCUCUGAGGCGAGAGCUGAGUCUUUCUCCUCUGAGCAGCUUGGCAGAGGAGCCCUGGUUCCCUGGGAGACCCCAAGGUGUGGCAUUUCCUGGGCGCCUUUCUGACUGACAGAAAUCCCUGCACUAAUUUUUCAGGUCUCCAUGGAGCACUUUUAGCAUGGCGAUCUGUUGGGGUCCAGUGUGUUGCAGAUAUGUAUGUAUGCAACACGGUAUACAUGUACAGUAUCUCUGCUGUGAACUUAUUGGAUCCAAUCAUCUCUCCUGAAUCACACACUCAAGGGAUUGGUCUUUUGGGCGAGGGUAAUUGCAGAAGGAUGGGACUGACCUUCAUUCCUCAACGGACAGUUACUGAUUUUGCUCUGCAUACCUGUAUUGGAAGCCCCAGGACAGGGAAGGGUGUCUUUGCUUUAAGUCUUGCACAUAGAGCAGAGCCCUUGAAGACUGCACCAGGAAUGAGAGGGUUAGGGAAAACGGGGAAUAGCAGAGUAACCUUUGUUAGCUGUUUUGCUUCCUACUGGCCUUUACAUGUCAGAGCUGAAACUAGAGGCCCACACUAGCUUUUACACCUUCACAAAAUCCCUUAACUUGUCUGAGCCAUAACUUCCCACUUAAUCUCCCAAAUUGUAUAAUGAUGCUUGACCUACCUACCUCACAGGUUUGUUUUGAGGAUAAAAUAAGAUUAAAUCUUAAA